CCCAGCCAGCAGCCCAGCCAGCAGCCAAGCCAUCAGCCCAGCCAGAAGCCCAGCCAGAAGCCCAGCCAGCAGCCAAUCCAUCAGCCCAGCCAGAAGCCCAGCCAUCAUUCAGCCCAGCCAGCAGCCAAGCAGCAGCCCAGCCAGCAGCCAAGCCAGCAGCCAAGCCAGCAGCCAAGCCAGCAGCCCAGCCAGCAGCCAAGCCAGCAGCCAAGCCAGCAGCCAAGCCAGCAGCCAAGCCAGCAGCCCAGACAGCAGCAAAGCCAGCAGCCCAGACAGCAGCAAAGCCAGCAGCCAAGCCAGCAGCCCAGCCAGCAGCCAAGCCAGCAGCCCAGCCAGCAGCCAAGCCAGCAGCCCAGCCAGCAGCCAAGCCAGCAGCCCAGCCAGCAGCCAAGCCAGCAGCCCAGACAGCAGCAAAGCCAGCAGCCCAGCCAGCAGCCCAGCCAGCAGCCAAGCCAGCAGCCAAGCCAGCAGCCCAGCCAGCAGCCCAGCCAGCAGCCAAGCCAGCAGCCCAGCCAGCAGCCCAGCCAGCAGCAAAGCAGCAGCCAAGCCAGCAGCCCAGCCAGCAGCCCAGCCAGCAGCCAAGCAGCAGCCCAGCCAGCAGCCCAGCCAGCAGCCCAGCCAGCAGCCCAGCCAGCAGCCCAGCUAGCAGCCCAGACAGCAGCCCAGACAGCAGCAAAGCCAGCAGCCCAGACAGCAGCAAAGUCCCAGCCAGGCUUCAGCACCACCGCAGCCACACUGGAGACGGCGGGCUGGACCGGCUUACUUGAGGAGCUGUGUGGAGAGUCAC